AAGGACACGGCUGCGAGCCCUCAACCAGAAUAGAUACGAGCAUUCGACGAGGAGCGGCGCACACAGAGGUUAAGGUCUUGGAGUCUGCUCUCCACUUUAAGGGCGUUAAAAAGCUUUGACUUUCCUGCUUUGGGAAAUUGGAAAACUUAGUAGUCUAGGUUUAGACAGAGGCUUUUUUUUUUUUUUUGUUUCUUUCAUUAUGGACGUUCAGAGGACAGGAUCUAUGGUUCGGCCUCCCAGCCCGAUGGAUAGCCUGGAGAAGCAGCUGAGCUGCCCCAUCUGCCUGGAUAUGUUCACCAAGCCCGUGGUCAUCCUGCCCUGCCAACACAACCUGUGCCGCAGUUGUGCCAGCGACCUCUACGACUCGCGCAACCCAUAUCGCUUCUCCGGAGGCGUCUUCCGCUGCCCUACCUGCCGGUUCGAGGUCGUCCUCGACCGCCACGGCGUGCACGGGCUUCAGCGCAACCUGCUGGUGGAAAAUAUCAUCGACAUCUACAAGCAGCAGCAGGAGGUGAACAACAGCGGAAACACGGAAACCAACCUGAAGCCUAAAGAAACCAAGGAACCAAUGUGCCAAGAACACGAAGACGAGAGAAUCAACAUCUACUGCGUGACCUGCCAGGCGCCCACCUGCUCCAUGUGCAAAGUGUUCGGGCAGCAUAAGGACUGCGAAGUGGCCCCUCUAGCAAGUAUUUACCAAACCCAGAAGGGCGAACUCAGUAAUGCUAUCGAUACCCUGGUGGCCAGCAACGGGCGUCUGCAGGCUCUGCUCAACCAGAUGGAAGACGCCUGCCGGGCCGUGCAGGAGAAUUCUCAGCGCGCUAAGCAAGGCCUGGCCGAGCGCUUUGACCUGUUGUACGCCGUGCUCGAAGAGCGCAAGACCAUUCUCCUGGAAAAGAUUGGGAAGGAGCAAGACGAGAAGGUGGCGGCUCUGCGGGCGCUAGCUCAGCGCUACGGCGAGCGGCUGCAGGCGAGUUCAGAGCUGACAGACUCGGCUGUGAGGGCGCUGGAGCAGAGCGGAGCCGCCGAGUUCCUGUUGACCGCUAAGGGCCUCAUCACGCAGACCAAAGAUGCAGCCAAAUCCUCACUGGGGGAAGACAGGCCAGAGCCGGGCUUCGAGAAGAUGGACCACUUCACUUUGGCGACAGAGCACGUCGAGGCAGUCCUCUCGAAAAUGGACUUCGGAACGGGCGGUGGUGAAGAUGAUGAGUUUGAGGAUGCGGAAGAGGAAGAGGAGGAGGAAGAAUAAUGAAAACUGAAGUAGAUGUGGACUUAUAAUUUAAUAUGUGCUUUUUUUAAAAAAAAAAAAUAGGGACGUGUUUAUCAUCAGGACUCUGAAUUUGAUACUGAAGGAAAUAAAAUAAGGUUAGGUUGGAUGUGGGCUAAGAUGGCGUGCCCAGACUUUCAGUGCAAUAUUUGAUUUCAAUGUCGUAUUCGUACCUUUUCUUAAUUUCUUUUUAUACUUUUGUACUUCUGAGUCAGUAAAAUGGAAAAUAGUCGUAGAGAAACCUAAAUACAGAUGGUCUGAAGCACAUUGUUGUUUUUUUUUUUCAUGUGUAGCCUUAUAGUAGUUUUAGUUCAUUUUCUUUCUCACUUUGUUUGUGUUUAAAUUGGUGAUUAUCUAACCUGUGAUUACCAAGUCUAUCUUUAGUGGAAUAAAGCUGCAUGAAAUUAAACACCAACUUGAGAUGUUGGUUGACCUGAUUUAAGACUUUUUCUUUUUUUUUUUUAAUGAAGUGGGUAUAAAAUGGAGAAAACCUGUCAUGACCUUUAUAGAUUUCCUUGGAGUGCUUCCAUCAAACUGUUUCCCUAUCUGUUGCUGCUCUGACUUGCCAAUGGUCUGUAUUUAAAAAUAAAAGCCCUUGCCCUGUC